GCUGGGGCCGCUCCCGGCGGCGGCGCGUGCGCGGCCGGGGCGGGGCCGCCGCUCCCCUCAGCCGCCAUGUCCGUGGUGUUCGUGCCCGAGCGGCUGCGCGGGGCGGCCGAGGUGAACCAGGACACGCUGCAGCGGCUGCUGGAGGAGAACGACCAGCUGAUCCGGUGCAUUGUGGAGUACCAGAACAAGGGCCGCGCCACCGACUGCGUGCAGUACCAGCAGAUCCUGCACAGGAACCUCAUUUAUUUAGCUACAAUUGCUGAUGCCACUCCGCCCAGGACGCAGAAGCCCGUAGACUGACAGCAAUACCUGGAUGUGAGCACUGCUGCUUUCAGAGGCUGUAGAAAUAGUUUAGACUCCCACUUUGAAAACAAAGAAGGUGUGGGUUUGAAAAAAGCAGGUAAAAAGUAAUCUGUACUUCUGUGUUUAAAAUGUGAAUGUAGUUUUCAGUGUAGUAUUAGGCCAGCUUUUCCCGUUACUGUAACUAAUACAGCUAAAGAAUGAUAAUUAUCACAUUCCCUUUUCCCUCUGAAGAACUCAAUUCAGUGUACUUCUGGGAACAGCCAGGUUGUCAAGACAGCACUAUAGGAAGCAGAGCCCAUUUCACGAGUAUGGCUCUAUAACAACAAGGUAAAUGUUACUCUAAGUGACUCCUACCUCCAACAUAACAAAGUUGGGCAUGUGUUCCAUAUGUAAAAGCAGUAGACUCUUGUAUCCUGUAUCAGAACAACUGUGCUAAAUAAACUAAAGAUGUUCUUUAUAAGUUGUAGUAUAUUCUGAAUUAAUAAAAUACAUUAACAAAA